AUGUUUGCCCUUUCUAAUUGUCGCCUGUUUCUACAGGCUCUUCCAAGGCAAUCAGUUACACCUAAGAUGCUAAUGGAGGUUAUAAGAUGCUAUACGGUUCUCAACAUCAGAGGUCUGACAACAUCUUCGCAAGAGACACCGAAAAAGGAUGAAAUACCCAUCAAAAUGGAAAACCCAUACAAGCAACCUCAGAAAACCUGCAUUCUCUGCAAUAUAUCCGUAGACUACAAAAAUGUUCAGCUGUUGUCUCAGUUCAUUUCACCACAGACAGGCAGAGUAUAUGGCAGACAUGAAACAGGCUUGUGUGGACGAAAGCAAAAGGAGGUAUCGAAGGCAAUAAAGAAAGCUUGCUCAAUGAGUUACAUGUCAGUCACACUCAAGGAUCCCCAGUUUAUGAAAGACCCUGACAUUUGUGGCACUAGACAAUUUGAGUAG